AUGUCAUCACUUCGCAGUGUCGAUUCCAAGGCUCAGGGAACAGAGAAUCUCGCCAUCAACAACACUUUCGUUCGCCGGAUAUUGACCAUAGUUGCCCUAAAGACUCUGGGCCGGUUUCACAACUCCGACGGCCCAUGUACUCCUAUUUCAAAACACAUCAUCAUCAAAACAGGUCACCGAGUGCGCUUGACAGAAGCGUCGACUAUGAAGUUCGUUGCUGAACACACAUCACUCCCAGUUCCCAAGGUCUAUUGCUAUUUCGUGCACAAAGACCGUGCAUACAUCGUAAUGGAGAGAAUACGUGGCGAGGAGAUACCAACAGCAUGGAAAGGUCUCCCGGAAGUAGCCCGUCGAAAGAUCUAUUCGGAAUUGAAAGCUAUGCUUCAGGAGUUGAGAGCGCURAAACCAUCUUCGGAUACAGGAGUCGAGAGUUGCGUUGGGGGUAGCCUGUAUGACUCCCGUAUAACGCGCUGUCCACGUUUCGGUCCAUUCAAGACUAUCCAGGAUUUCCACUUCUGGCUUCGGGAUGAGCUGCGUCCAUCAGAGGCUCAAAACAACCGGAAGGAUGACGAUUGGCUGGACAUCGAAAAGAUGGCCGAAAUGCAGAACGCACCAUGGCCACCCCCGGUUUUCACCCAUGCGGACCUCAACCCAUUCAACAUCCUCGUUCGAGGUGACAAAGUCGUUGGUAUAAUUGACUGGGAGUUUUCUGGCUGGUACCCUUUCUAUUGGGAGUAUACCUCUGCCUGGCUUGGAAACAUUACGAGGACAGGCUGGCAAGAUGUGCUAGAUCAGUUUCUGGAGCCAUGUCCUGCGGAACUGGCAAUGGAAACGACCAGACACAGAUGGUGGGGAGAAAUAUGA